UUCAUGUAUUGGAACUGAAACUUCUGGCAGCUCUAUCAGCUGUUGCCAUGCUUUGCACUUGGGUACGUAACAUAACAAGAAUUCGGAAAAUAACAAAAUGUUAUCAAAUUAGUGAACAAAUAAGACAUAUACGUGCACUUAAAAGAGUGCAAAGUGAUGUUAUCGUGCCACUGGAACAAUCAGAUGUGGCACAGCAUGAUAAACCAACCGAAAAGAGGCUCGCCGAACCGAAUGAGAAACAAAACAACGCUGUUGCACUCGACUUUGGCAUUCGGGAGGCGCACGUGCCCACCUUUAAUCUAGCUGCCCAUGUGAACAACUCGAAAACAUUGCAGCAGCUGCUUAGUCUGGGCGUUAAUCUGCACAGCAUUGAGCGGCGCAAAGGCUUGGGUCAGUUUGUGCUGAAACUGGACUUUGAGGAAAAUGUGAAGCCCUACUUAACAUUUCUGUCAGACCAAGGAAUAUCGGCGGAUGACUUUGGUAAAAUGAUCACUAAAAAUCCACUGAUAUUCAAGGAGGAUCUAGAUGAUUUGCAAACGCGUGUUGACUACAUGAAGAGUAAACGUUUCUCAGUUGAGGCCCUUCAGCGGAUAUUCACCAAAAACCCAUAUUGGUUAAUGUACUCCACUAGACGUAUUGAUCGACGUUUAGGUUAUUUCCAAAAAGAGUUUCACCUGAGCGGCCAUGAUCUACGCUUGCUGGCUACCAAAGAGCCACGUUUGAUAACUUUCAACAUGGAACAUAUACGUAAAUCCGUGUUCACACUCCGUGAAGAAAUGGGCUUCAGUAACAAGGAGCUGCAAACGUUAAUUGUCCAUACACCACGUCUAAUGAUGAUCCCGCCAGAUGAUCUUGUCGAGCGCUUUAGCUAUGUGCACAACGAUAUGGGAUUGAGUCAUGCACAGAUUAUUCAAUGUCCCGAGCUCCUUGCCUCCCGAGAGUUUCGUUUGCGAGAACGACACGAGUUUCUAAAGCUACUAGGACGUGCUCAAUACGAUCCGCAGAAGGACUUGUACAUUUCACCAAGUGAAAUUGUGCAGGGCAACAAUUUUUAUUUUGUAAGAAACGUGGCUAAAAGUGAUUUAGAAACUUUUGAUUUGUUUUUGAAAACACGGUAAUUAAAGUUUGUUUGUGCGCGCAAAAUCAAUAACAGGGCUACACUCUUAACUGUCUGGCAACGCCGUACCAAGUUCGGUAUUCUUCCUCGCAUUUCGCUUCUGUUUUCGCCUUGUCGCAUAUUAUUGUUGUGCUUGUGGGCAGUCAUCUUCGUGUUUUUCGACGAGCAGUUUGUGUUUUCGCUGCAUCCAGCAGCUUUAGCUGAACUACGCAUUAGGUUUUUGCAGCGUGCGUAAAAGAAAAAUUGUGUAUUAUACUUAAACUAAAA